AUGACAGAGGUGAUGAUGGCGGGGGGUAAAUUGCUGGAAAUGGGGAAUAGAGGAGAUAUGGACAAAGACUCCUGCAUGGAUCAAGAAAAGGAAUCUCAGCCAUGUAAAAAAUUAUCCCAUUCAAUUGAGGAAAUACUGAGGAGGCCCACAUGUGUCAGAAAGGAGAGAAGAGUUCAUCGUAACUGGUCUGUAAUCAAGGAGAACACCAGAGAAUCUAACCAGGACUCAUGUACAGAAACUCCACAAAUUAGACUACUUGAAGAGUCUCCAAAGACCACCACAGACUGCAUGAGUCAGAGGAAAAAGAGACAAACAAGGGUCACUUUCACCCCUUUCCAGGUGCAGGAGCUGGAGAAAGUCUUCCGACAGACUCACUAUCCAGACGUCAACACUAGAGAGCAGUUGGCCUCUCGCCUGCACCUCACUGAGGGCCGAAUACAGAUUUGGUUCCAGAACCGCAGAGCCAAAUGGAGGAAGGCCGAAACUCUGAAGGACCUAGAGCUGAUGACCAGACAGCACAUACAGUCAGCCAAUCAUGAGCUGCGUUAUUAUGAGAAGCCCCAGCUGCAGACGGUGUGCUGGCUGCCGUGCUGCUUACCCAAACCUCUUCAGUCGAGACUGUUCCUCAGAACGACGUCAACAGCGGCCGUGCUGACCAACACGCAUUCCCCAGAUUACAGGAUUCUCUAUUUUGAUCCACUGUGGACAGACAGAUAG